AGGAACUUGAUAACACUCUUCACUGAUAGUACAUAAACUAGCACACACAUCGGAGAUUUGCGAAGACUACACAAAUUAAAGACGUUGAUUAACUAGUUGUUAAAAGACGCCGAGAAUAUAGACGAUUUCGAGAAGAUAGAUAGAUAGAUGGUUGACACAAAAUAUCAUCUCAUACUGUAAGACAACGGAUCCAAACAUUUGGCAGGUGAGAUCCCGGAAAAAAAAAACCCACACAUCCCGACUUCAGAAUUUUUUUUGGGGUGAGAAAACUCAGGAACCAUACACUUUGAUACAAGAACUAAAGCGGUAAUGGCAGAAGUUUCCCUAGCUCAAGAAAACAUCAAGGAAAAGGUCAAUGCAGUGCGGGAAGUGAUCUUGGGGAAAAGCAACAAUGAAAUAAUAUUAGUCCUACAGUACUAUGAGUAUGAUGUUGCCAAGGCAAUUCAGGCCUAUUGUGAGGAUGGAGCAAAGAAAGCCUUAACAGAGUGGCACUGGUCUGGAAAUAAGACCCCAAACAAGAAGAAGAAGAACAAAAAGAAGGCUUCAUCUGUAACCGCGAGUGAAGAUGGGGAGUCACAAUCCCCCAAGAAAGAGACAUCCAUCUCCUCACACUUAACUAAUGGUAUCGCCAUCAAGGACAAUAUACCUAACGGUGUCAUAGUUAAUGAAACAGAGUCCUCAAAAUUAUGUAACAGAGACACUGAACCCACUGGGGUUGAGCAGGCUUCAGUACCAGGUGUGCAGGCAGCUAGCGGGAUGUCACCAAACUCUAACAACAAUGCAGAACCUGCGAACUCAUCCCCAUCAAAACGGCAAUCACCCCAGCCUCAAAGGCAGCAACCCUCAUCUCGAAACUCGCCCCCAGCAUCAUCGUCACAAUCUCAUAAACCCACAUCCACCCCCCAGCCACAGCGACUGCCACACAGCCAUCCUCAUAGCAGACAACGAACGCAAUCUGGUUCACAUUCCCAUAGACAGAGAACUGUCAGUGAAAAAAGUAAUGCAUCUCAAUCUGAACAUAAACCAACACACUAUAAAGCACAUGCAGGAUUGGAAAAGUCUGUGAAGGACUUACACAGGCAGACUGUUGCAUUAGAAAGAUUUCGUAUGAUUCUAAAUGAAGAAGUUGAUAAAACCUACAAAAGAAUCAAGACAGUGUUUGAUGAAAUGAGGACAAGUUUAAACAGCAGAGAAGCGGACUUAACUUCAGAGAUGGAUCAAGUGAAACUAUCAGCUAAUGAUAUAUUUGCAAUGAGACAGAAAAGAGCAAUUGAACUGAAAACAAAAGUAGACAGAUCAGACAAUAUGAAUGAACAAGAAUUAUCGGAACUUCGUUCCGAAAUCAAGCAUUUCAUAGGUGAAAGAAAGAUUGAUGAGGAUUUGAGUAGGACAACCAGAUUUUUGUAUGAUUCAGAUCACCUUAAAGAGGAAAUUUGUCAAUUUGGAGAAGUUGUACCAGUGAAAUGUUCAUACUCCGCCCGUCGUCCAUCUAUUAGUUCCGUGGCCAGUAGUGGACCAGAAGAGGUGGAUAGUUUAGCUUCAUCUCUCAACAAUCCAGCACCAGUUGUCGAUUCGGGACAUGAAAUGGGACAGGAAAACAUAGGUGCCAGUGAAGCUCACGAAAUGGCAGAACUCCAAAGGAGGCUGAAAGGUUCAUUACAGAUACAGGGUUAUAUGAAAGUUGAGGGACAAAGAAGUGACCAAACCCAUUCACCCACAAAGUCUAGUCCAACAUCAAACAGUGGUCACAUUUCUAAUGAAUCGAGUAGAAGUACUCAUGCAUCACAGAAGAAAACUGUCAUUGAAGAGAGUGCCAACAAGCAAGCCAAUCCCAGUGAAACAAGUAGCGUUAGAGAGAAAUCAUCUGAAAAUGGCCUUGUAAAGUCUGGUUUAGAGUCCGAAGCUGCUAGGAGAUCUCAGUACUCGGGAAGAGGCAGAGGCAGGGGAGGUGGUUAUAGGGGCCGUCCAAGGAAAGAUGGGGGCGAGUUCUACUACAGAAAUCAGGGGGGCUAUGAGCGGGGUGGUUAUAGGAGAAGAGGGGAUUAUCAGAAUUCCAGGCGAGACAACGACGGGAGAAAUUAUCGACCAAGGGAUGAUUAUCCAAAAAGUGCUCCACAGAGAGGAGAGAGACAGAGUAAUUCUCGCAACGAGAGGCAGAAUACAGCUGGGGUGAAUGAGAGGCCGAGGACUGCCAGGGAGGGCGUUAAAGAAUCACGAGGAGGAAAGGAUUCUAAUGAUAAACCUCAGGAAUGAAAUCAAUUUUCUCUUUGUUUUGAUUAAUCUAGUCUCACUGUUAUUUUCUGUUUCAGCUCAAGUGAUAUUGUGUUACUUAUUGAAAUUGUUCUCCGUUUUGAAUGGUUAAAGAAGUGGUCUUUAAACUGUAUCUUUGAAAAGAUAAAAGUUAUAUUCUGAAUGAUAAACACCAAACAGAACUUAGCAUUCAUUACAUAGUUUCAGAUCAUUUGCUUGUAUAAUUGUGAAAAGUACCAUAUCUGGAAGUUAAUAUUCAAUAUUGUAUAUGUUGAUAGUUGCAUAUGGAAAAAUAUUGGAAUUGUAAUGUUGAUGUCUAGUAAGUAUGUGUACUAUUUCACAGGAUAAUUUAUUUUCUUUGAAUUUUUAGAUAGAAAAUUGUUAUUGUAAUAUGUAUAUUCAAUUUGUGAUAAAAUCUUGUUACUUAAUGUUUUAAAUUUCACCUCAACCAUUUUUUCAAUGUUGUCAGUGUUUAAAUAAGUUUUAAACUGCUUUUAUCAUUAUUUGACUUUGACAGCGUAGUUAGUAGUCGUUUUUAAGUCAGUGAUGAAUAUUUGGUUGUUUCUUGUUACACAUCAGUAUUGAAUUAUUGCUAAUUAGUGCUUUAUAGAUAAAUGAAGAAAAUCAUGCACAAAAAUUUCCAUCAGUAAACGUUUUGGCAAAUAUCAUACAUCAAGGCCUCUGAAUAAAAAAAAAAAUCACAAUGUAGAUUUUUUUGAGUACAUAUGCACUGAUUUAUGCCCCAAAGAUUUAAGAUGGAAGGGCAUAGUGUUUACAGUCUGUAUCUUUAUAUGUAAUUUCAACUUGUCACAAGUUUUUACUUUGCAAAAUAGAGUUUUCUUAAGUUGUGAACUUAACAAGACAGAGGCUUCAUAGUUUUAAUGGAAUGAUCAAGGGGAAAUUUGUAACCAUAGAAAUUAGCCACUGCCGGGGGCAUAGUCACAAACAUUUUUGCAAUAUUCUACACUUUGGACUACCGUGGUAUGCUGGUAUCAGAAUUUCCUGAAUGCUACAUAAAUAUAUGUAUCUUGUACAUGAAAUCAGUUCAUUUGACCCAUAAAUAUAUUGCACUUUGAUUGUGGACAGACAGAAGUAAAUGAGAAUCUGUGAUUUAAACCUCUGGUUUCCGUAGGAACAGACAAUCACCAUUAUUGUAGUAUCAUGAUACACAUAACUGUGAUAUUUAGUAACAUGUUUUUGGAUAAUUGCCUCUGGAAUGUAAUAUUUAUUCACAGAUGCUUAAAUUUCUACAAAUAUAUUACCCAUAUCAUUUGACCAUAUUUCCCAUUUGAUAUAUCAGUAAAUUUGAAGGGGGAGGGGGAAUAGUUGAUUAGAAGUUUGAUAGUGGUGUAGUGAGUCACAGUACCUUAACAAAGUUGAAUUGACAUCUAGUUUACUUGGUUCUGCAUAGUUGGUAUUUUGGGGGUACGUGUACUAGUUUAUGAUUUACUACACAUAUUGGAUAUUUUCGUAUAAUGCAAAUCGACUUCAUUGUUUUGGUUUGAAAAAAAAAGAAACAAAAGCUACCCAAAAAAACAGGAUGUAUUAAAUAUGUAGAGUUGUCAUUAUUACUUUAUGAUUGGUAAUUUGUAAAAUCUUGUGUAAAAAAAAAAAAAUACCAUUGUUACAUAUGUUCGGGGUAUAAAUUGUAUAUCUUCAUAUAGCAAAUGUUCGUUAUAAGCAAACAUUCAUUAUCAAUAAAAUUCAUUAUAAGCAGGUUUUUUGUAAAGCUUAAAAGGUGUUGGAUCAUUUGAUUUCUUUUCCCUUUACCCAUGUGAAAAAUGCAAAACAAAAAAUGCUGUCUUUUAUAUUGUUUUGAAAGUUUUUGUCGUGUGCUUGCACAUUUGCACAUACGAUCUUGUGACUUUCCCCCUGUCAGAAGUAAUGAUGAAAAGAUUGAAAAUUUGGCUGAGGGAGAAGAAAUUUCUUGGUAUCUGGUAUUUUGUAAUAUUUUUUACCAAGAUGAAGAUGUGUAACCCAUAUACUUGAAGUGUUUUCUGUCUCAGAAUCUAUGCAUGUCGUGCAAGAAUCGUAUAAUGUAGAUAAACAUCGACUUACUUUUAAUAUGCUUCUGCUUCGUGUCUAUUUAAAUAACCCGGAGUUGAAUGACAGCAACUCUAUAUUUUUGUAUGGUCACAAGAUUUUUAAACAACUGUAUUUUUUAAUUUAUGCAACAAGUUAUAGGCCUUUGAGCUUUCGAAGAUGCAUGUAAUAUUUAAAAAUUUUUUUGUAUUUUCUGUGUUAGAAUAUUGGGUAUUUUUGUCUCUGUAUGGUUAGACAACAGGUACUUUUUUGCUGAAAAUGUACCAGGCAUAAAUUUUUGUCUAUUACAGCCUCUACCGACUGUUAGAUUUAAUAACUUUGGUGCAUUCUUUUUCCCAUAAAUUUAAAAGUUAUACUCGAUGAAGUGCCAAACAAUAAAACAAAAAAUCAGGAUUGAUUUGUUGAUUCUUGACCCUCGGUGUCACAAUUUUUUUGUUCCCGAAAGGGCAAAUUGUAUUCCAUUCUUUGAAUUACUUCUUUGACAUGGUAAUUGAAAUUGAAAAUGUUUUGGAUAGGUUUAAAACUACUGAGGUUGCUGUUAGUUUCAACAGAAUGUGAUCUUCUUCAGUUACAAUUCACAAGGUACGGUUCAUUUUAUUUCCUUUACAUUCGUCAAUGUCUUAAUAUAACCACAUUUUUUGGUUCAUGUACAUCAGUAUUCUAAGAUUGUUAACCUGUCUAUUGAACCAAUAAUUGUAUUGUCUGAUAUAGCUACAAUGUGCAUCAGCAGUCUGGUGGCAUUUGGUAUUUAAAACAGAAUUCAGGAAAAUAGCAAUAUGAACCAGUGUACAUGAAAAUAAAACAGAAUUUAAAGGGAUUGACUCAUAUUUGCUGUAUUUUUUUUUUUGCAUCUCUAUGUGAAGUUUAAUUAAUGGCUAUUUUUAUUUCAUUGUCUGUUCAUUUACAAUGGAAACUUGGAUUAUAAAUAUAUACUGUAUAUAUAGUGAAAGCUUAUUGUUCGUUUCCUUUUGCUUGAUCUGUGUUUUCUCGACUUUGGUUGUUUUAUUUUUAGACCAUCACUUUGUUGCCUCAUCAUGUGUGUGGGUAAAUUAUCACUGGUCCAUGUUCACGUGUUGGUCACUAGUCCAUGAUUUUACUGCUACUGUUAUGUUGAAUUAGGUACGGGAAGUUUGUUUGAUAACUUAAGAGGAUGUUGACAUGUUUCAAAUCUUGUAAAAAAAAACAACAACAAAAACAACUGUAUUCACAAUAUAUAUAUGCAUAGCUAUAUAUAGAUCUAUAUUAUUAAAACAUAUCAAUGGCA